UUUAUAUAAAGCUGAACCAAUGACCGCCACCAGGUGGAAUCAAUUAUAAACAGCGCCCUCCAUGCUGCUACAAAAGCAAUACAUUAUUUUAGUGAUUUAUAUAAUAUAGUCCACAUAAUACUGAAUAUAGACCUGCAGUGAGUCAUGUGGUUAAAAUACUCAGCAUAUUAGCACUCAGCUUAAUAAACAAAGAUUUCACUUGAAUUCACCAGUCAAAGGAUCUUACUGCUGCUCUGUUUUUGAUGUGGGCUUGUUGGGUGAUGAGAUUCAUGGCAGCCCUGUUUACAAAGAUGUUGACAGACAACAUGUUACUGAGUGUCUUCUUUCUUACAAGUGCUUUGGCUGCUUGUUCUGAUGAUUCACACCUCUUCAUUACUGCACCGCUAGAGAUAGAAGCACUGAGUGGAUCUUGUUUGCAAAUCCCGUGUAACUUUAGUGGUCUACCAAGACAAGCAUUUGACAGCAGGAGAACAACCAUUGGAGUGUGGAUUAAAAAUGACCACAGAUUUAAAAGCUAUCCAAGAAAUGUGAUUUUCAACAGUGGUCAGACAGUUAACACCUAUCCAAUGAACAUUACUGGAAACCUGAGUCAGAACGACUGCACCACUCUGUUUUCCAGUUUAAACACAACAUAUACAGACAAAUACUUCUUCAGAAUUGAGAAUGGACCAUUCAGCGAAACAGCUUUUUGUGAUCCUGUUCAAAUAACAGUCAAAGAUUCUCCUCCAAGCCCCAGAAUUGCAAUCUCAGGUGAGCUGAAGGAGAAGGAGUCUGUCACUAUAACCUGCUCAGCUUUCACUCCCUGUCCACACUCCCCUCCUAAACUCACCUGGAAUCUCCAACAAGACGCUCACAACAAAAUAGAGGAAAAUGCAGAUCGAACCUUCUCGACUAAAAUCCAGAAGAUCAUCACUCUGUCUGACAAGCACGACGGAUACAACAUCACCUGUUCUUCCAGCUACUCUGUAAAUGAAGGACAAAAUGCUAAGUCAGCAGAGGAAAAAGUGACUCUCAGUGUUUCAUAUUCUCCCAAGGACACUGCGGUGGUCAUCAGUCCCACUAGUCCAGGGUCAGUUGGCAGCGUGGUGAACAUGACUUGCUUCUGCAGAGCAAACCCUCCUGUUGUUAACUUUACCUGGAUGAUGAUCAAUGAUGGCAGAUUGGAGCUGAUCAAAUAUGAUCAGCAGGUUUACAGCUUUAAUGUGACCAGCAGUGAUCGAGACAGGUUGUACUAUUGUGGAUGUCAAAAUUCAGUGGAUAUACAGUUCUCAUCUGGAUAUCAGUUCAUAUUUGAAGGAGAUGAACAGUCUGGGAAAUUGGUUGAUGUCCACAUUAUACUGAAGACUGUGGGAAUUGUGAUACUGGUCAGUACAGUGAUCAUCUUUGAGUGGUGGUUCAGAACAAGACGCUCCACCAAACCAGUGAAGGACACAGUAGAAGCAGUCUUUGUCAACGGGGUGAUGGAGUUGUCAUCAUGAGCCACGAGGAGAGGAAGACCACAUGUUCAUCAUCAGUAGAAUUACAUGAUAUCCAGUAUUGUCUAUUCUGUAUUACAUGCUUAUUCAUCAUUUGCAUUUGUUAGUGUUCCACUUACAAGAAGACAGAUAACUGCUUCCUCCAGGGCAGUAAAUAUGAAAUAGUCUUACUUUGUAUAAGCUUUGAAAGAUGAACAAGAUGAUCCCAGACUUCAUCAGCAUGUGAAGGUGGUUUUGUUUCUGCAGUGCAUUUCUUCUUUUUUCUUCUGAGAGUCAUUCAUGGCACCAGUAGUUUUUCUUUUGUUUUUAAGAUGUCAAAAAGAUAAUUAAACCAUGUUAUUAAUACAAUUAAUUAGUAAUGAAAUGAAAUGACUGUUAAAAUUAGAACUUUCAGAUUUCUUGCCAACACGGUUUUUCAUGUUUCAUGUGUGUUUAGGAGUAAAGCAUUUUUAUCACUUAUUCUGUCAUUUCAAUCAGGAGAGACUCAUUUUCUUUACGAAAGUAAGUGACAUUUAUUGAACAAGCAUGAUAGAUUCUGAUGUCACCGGAUAUGAAAGGGGGAGAUGAAUGCAAGAGUAGAAUAGGAUAACCCCCCAAUGGAGUCUAUACAGUGGUGGUGGUGAUGGAUAGGUGUAGAUCUUGGCGGUGUAGGUAGUGGCUUUUGGUAAACUCGGGCCUGGUGCUGAAGUAAUGGAGUGGAGAAGGCACGAUGGUGAUCUGGGAUGAAGAGGAGAGGAGUGAGCUUCCAGGACACGGCUGUGGAGGCGGAUGAGGCGGAGGAGUGUCGCGAUGAUUGCUCUGGAAACAGAUUUUAAAGUUUGGCCACUGAGCCGUGAUUGGUGGUUAGAGAUUGUGGAGUAAUCUGAUUUGAUAACUAGGAGUGACGCCCUAAACAGCUGAUGUGAAAGCAGGAGGAGCAGAGGAGAGAGAGAGGAGUGGGAAAUGAAUGACUGGUUAAAGAUAGUCUUCCUGCCUGAAUUUACGCUAAACUCCAUUUGUUUUAGCUCAUUUACACAAAGGUUGAUGAUAGCUGCAGAUGACGGAUUUUUUAAUGUCACAUUUACAGCACAGAAGUAAGCCACUGUGGUUACUGUGUGCAAAAAACAUUGUUAUGAUUUCAGCUGAUUAAUUGUGUCAUUAUUGUGAUUCAUGUGAUAUAUUCUAUACAUAUCAAUAAUAAAGAAGAUUAAAAAUACAGGCUUGCAAUGAGUUGUGUUACAUGUAUUGAGUGAAUUUGUCAUUUGAUUACUUAAAUUUUCACAAUAUCUGACUCCCUUCCUCACAGGAUAUCAGUUGCAUGUAAUCUCUUUGAAUAUAGUGUUUUAAUCUCUGAGAUCAGAUGAUAUCCAGAAGCUUUUUAACCAAAAAAGGUGAACUGAGAGAGGUUUAUCUGAAGAGGGAAGUUGAUACAUCUCUGAUUACAAUUCUACAAAAGUCACAAAUUGCCUCACUUCACUUCAAAAUAACGAAAUUAGAUGUUUCCCCUCAUUGUUUAGUGGUGGACUCAUUUGAUGAGGAGAACUUUACUUCUUGGCUCCUUUACUGUAAAACAAAAUGUCUAAGACGAACCUAUGAUCAGAUAGUCAUUUUCAAUGUCCUGAAUAUCUGUCUUUGUAUUUCUUUUUUUUUUGCAAUACUAUUAAAAAGCAUACCUGGUCAUAUGACCAGACUUGAAAUAGGAAAAUCAAAGUGACCGUCUUCUACUCCUUCAUAUGUUUUAUCAAUAAAUAACAAAAUCAUCACAAAUCCCCAGAUUUUCUUUACAGUUUUACAACAAAAAGGUCAGAUUUGAUAUUGAGAAUGCCUGUGAAGGUUCUCAGUCA